GUCCGGGUUCCAUGUUUGUAGCAGAAAUUGUGAAGAGGAAACUCCAUGUUGUAACAAAGUUUCCUCCGCGGGCGCCUCUUUCUCUCUCCCCCUUUUUUGUUUUUAUUCCCCCCCCAUUUCCCUUCCCCCUUUUUUCCUUUUGUUGGGGGGGCCAUUUUCCCCCCGCUCCCCGCCGCCCGAUCCGCCCCCGAAGUAACUCCUGGAGGAUCGGAGCGCGGCGGGAGGAGCCAGCGGAGGAGGGACCCCCCCCGGCCAACACUUCUGGGCUAAUGGACAGUCAGUCCAUGAUCACCCAGGUUAGCAAGGAAGAGGCGAACACCCCUCUGCAGGAGAAAGGUGCUCACAGCCCAUCGCCGUCCAAGAAGCCCCGGAACCGCAGCAUCUUCCAUUCCCUCUUCUGCUGCCUCUGCCAUGACGCCUCGGACCCCGUCCCGGUCAACAACAACGCGCCGCUGCUGGUGGAGGAGAACGGCGUCGUGCCCAAGGCCGCUGUCAAGUACCUCCUGCCCGAGAUCAAACCCCAGGACGCCAGCAAGCUGUGCGUGGUCAUCGACCUGGACGAGACGCUGGUGCACAGCUCCUUCAAGCCCGUGAACAACGCCGACUUCAUCAUUCCUGUCGAGAUUGACGGCAUCAUGCACCAGGUGUACGUGCUGAAGCGCCCGUAUGUGGACGAGUUCCUGCGGCGCAUGGGUGAGCUCUUCGAGUGUGUGCUCUUCACCGCCAGCCUGGCCAAGUACGCGGAUCCUGUGGCCGACCUGCUGGACAAAUGGGGAGCUUUCCGCGCCCGUCUCUUCCGCGAGUCCUGCGUCUUCCACCGCGGCAACUACGUGAAGGACCUGAGCCGCCUGGGCCGGGAUCUGAGCCGCAUCAUCAUCGUGGACAACUCCCCAGCCUCCUACAUCUUCCACCCCGACAACGCGGUGCCAGUGGCGUCGUGGUUUGAUAACAUGGCCGACACGGAGCUCCUGGACCUGCUGCCUUUCUUUGAGGGACUCAGCAAAGUGGACGACGUUUAUACAGUGCUAAAGCAGCACCGGACUAGCAGCUAGUGACCCGGGGCCGGGCGAGAUGCCAGCCUGGCAGGAUUCCCCAGCCCUCCCCCUGCCGGCCGCCCCACUGAUCUACCCACAAGCCCCAGCGUCAGCCUGCAGCUUCUCCAGGGCGCAGAGCGGAGGCUGUGGCAGGCGGCAGAGGGGCUGGGCGGGGAGCCCAGUGUGGGGCUCACACCCGCCAGGCAUGGGGGAGACGCCCGGCUGCAUCACUGGAAACCAGCCACAAACCUGGACUUUUGUCGUCACGUAACGGUUCUUCUCCUGUAAACUGGGGAGGGCCGGAGGGCAACAGAACCACAGCCCGGUCCCCUCUGAUUGGGCUGGGGGGCAACAGAACCACAGCCCGGUCCCCUCUGAUUGGGCUGGGAGGCAACAGAACCACAGCCCGGUCCCCUCUGGUUGGGUUGGGGGGUCCAGCACCACGGCCCAGUCCCGUCUGAUUGGGCUGGGGGGCAACAGAGCCACAGCCCGGUCCCCUCUGAUUGGGCUGUGGGGUCCAGAACCACGGCCCGGUCCCCUCUGAUUGGGCUGGGGGGCUCAGGACCGCAGCCUGGUGCCCUUAGCUGGGCCAGGGGGUUCACAGAACUGCGCCCCAGCCCCAUCGCGCUUGCCAUGGAGGUGGGAGAGGCAGUUGGGGUUGGUUCCAGGAACCGGAUCCAGAGGUGCUUAGCCGGGGGGGGCAGAGACACUGUCACUCCCCGGUGCAGGGUGCAAAGUGCCCCCAGGAGGUGGGUGGGGGCACAUUCACCUGCUUUGCCUGGAUGGGAACAACUCCCCCGGCUGUGGGCGAAGGGAAUUUGCAGGGCCUGUGACCCAUACGAGAGCUGGGUCCCAGAUCCUUCCCCCUCCAGAGGGCCCUGGGCUCCUGUUACCCACUGGUGGGGUGCGGCCCUGUUCCGGGGGGGCA